AUGGUUAUGAUUAAUUCUGCGCUCGGUUUAGCUAAUGCUUUGGUUAAAAAAGUACUCGAUGGUGGUGUUAACCAUAUGGUUAUUGCAACGUACCGUCUCGCAAUUUCCACCGUAUGUUUGGCACCAAUCGCAUAUUUCUGGGAACGGAGAACAAGACCAAAACUUACGUUCAACAUCUUGGUUCAGCUUUUCUUCAGUGCCCUUGUUGGGGCAAGUUUGACUCAGUAUUUCUUCCUACUUGGGCUAUCGUACACAUCGGCUACGUUAGCAUGUGCCUUUAUUAGCAUGACACCUGCGAUUACAUUCGUUAUGGCUCUGAUAUUCAGGGUAGAGAAGCUAAACAUGAAAAGCAAAGCAGUUAUGGGGAUGGUGAUGGGCACUUUGAUAUGCAUAGGAGGAGCUUUAUUACUCACAAUGUACAAAGGUGUUCCCUUGACAAAACUUCACAAACUAGAAACUCAUUCAUCGAUCAACAAAAAAUCCUCAAUGAAACCCGAGAACUGGAUCAUCGGAUGCGUGCUUCUCUUCGCCGGUAGUAGUUGUUUCGGGUCUUGGAUGCUAAUACAAUCCAAAGUGAAUGAUAAAUACCCUUGUCAAUACUCAAGUACUGUUGUAUUAUCCUUCUUUGGUACCAUCCAAUGCGCCCUUUUAAGCCUCAUCAAAUCUAGAGAUAUCUCGACUUGGAUCCUCACUGAUAAAUUCGAUAUCAUGACCGUUGUUUAUGCAGGAGCGGUAGCACAAGGAAUAUGUACCGUGGGAACUUCUUGGUGUAUCAGAAAGAGAGGACCUAUCUUCACUUCUGUUUUUACUCCGGUCGGGCUUAUAUUCGCCACCCUAUUUGAUUUCUCGAUCCUUCACCGUCAAAUUGGAAUUGGAAGUGUUAUCGGGUCUGGAAUCGUAAUCUUUGGACUAUACAUAUUCCUGUUGGGAAAAGUCAGGCAAAUGAAGGAAGAAUCAGAAAAGAAGUUACCUUCUCAUUUUAGUGAAGAAGAACGGGAAGAUGAUGAACAUUAUAAAAAGGGUCAUCUUAUGGUUGUUCCAAUGACUCCUUGA